UGGUGUAAAUUGUCUCUAAGCAUAUACAUGUGACAUAAUACAUUUAUUCAUCAUUUGCUAAAAGCAUCAUGUGGUGUUAUUAAAUGAUUCUGGUAGCAUAGUCCCAACAUCCUGCAGCCGUCAGUAAUAUAAACAACGCAAUUUUUAUUCUUGUGAGAUAAGAAAGUAUCCUUCAACGAAAAAGAUGCUGUUGGAUACAUUCUGUAUUUUGACCUUUUUGCCCUUGUUGGCGGCUGUACACCUUCGUGAUGAUUUCAUUAAUGUUGUUUUAAAAGAUUGCUAUUCGUACGAAAAUAAUGACAAUGCCUUAACCAUGGGGACACUGGAACAGAUGAAGUGUAUGACGCAUCUUAUCUUAAAAAAUGACGAAAAUUUUCAACUCAACCCGAUCGAUUUGCUUCGAAUCCAUAUCAGCAUGACGCAUUUAAAGAAUGGUGGGCCCCUAACUCUGGACAUACCACCAAUAAUCGAGAAGAAAACGUUCGAUCUUCUCCCAAAAGUACCUGUUCACCUAUCGGAUUUAAUAAAGCGAAGAGUCAAAAGGUCGAGAAGAUAUGGAUAUGAUCGUGGAUACGGACGUAAACAAUAUACACCAUCAGAAUUGCCAAACUCCGAUCUUAAGAAGAUUAUUAAAGAGAUCUUGGAUUCACCUGCACCUGUUAUUACGACGCGUUUUAAAACUCAUUGGAAUUUAACAGAUCCAAGGACAUAUAAUAGAUCAUCUAAAAUUAAUCGGGACCAUCCGGUCAACCUCGAAAACUUAAAGUCAUAUCUCAAACGUCAUUAUCCAGACGUUCAGGAACCAGAUUAUCAAAGGAUUAUUCAAAAGAUCAUGGACUCACCUGCACCUACUAUUAAGAAACGAUUUAAGACCAAAGAAUCCAUGAUAGACCCAAGAUACGGAGCGAGAAGGAAUUCAUAUAGAAAUUCGGGCUAUCGAAGAGAUGGAGAAAACUCAAGAUAUGGGUGAAAUGUACUAUCAAAAAAUAUUCGAACACUAUUUUCCAAAUGUUAAUGACUACUUCAUUUGAAUUAGCUAACUGCUGUAAAAUGUAUUGUAUAUUUAGGAGAUAACUGUAUUGAAUUUUAAGCUCCGACGGCAUCAAUUGGGGAUUUGAUGGUCGU